GCUUCUGAGACAAUCCGUCUUCAAAGUUGGAAUUUACGUUUUGAUAAAGUCAAAGAUGGUAUUCCAGUUGAAGAUACCAUCAAAUCUUUAGAAUGGGGUAUCCCUGCUGAUGGAGGCCCAUUUUAUGAAAACUAUGGUGAAGAAACUUGGUCUAAAAGAAGAAUUGCAAUUGCUAAUGAUGUCGUUUUCAACAGAGCUGAUAUUUUCAGUGUCAAUGAAGCCUUGAAAAGACAAGUUGACGACUUGGAAUAUUUGUUAAACAAGAUGAGCGGUCAAACAUGGAGACAUGUUGGUGUUGGUCGUGAUGAUGGUAAAGAAAAAGGUGAAUAUUCAGCCAUUUUUUACAAUGCAAACAAAAUUCAUCUUUGGGAUUCUGAUCAGGUUUGGUUAUCGGACACUCCAUUUGAACCUUCAAAGUACCCUGGGGCUGGAUCUUAUAGACUUGCUACUAUUGCCCAUAUGUCAACUUGGGGUGGUGGUUUCUUCACAUUGAUUAAUACUCAUUUAGAUGACAGAUCUGAUGAUCAAAGAAAAUUGGGUGCUUCAUUAUUGAAACAAAUUGGUGCUCAUGAAUACAGCUACAGUUUAGGUCCUGUCUUUCUUACUGGUGAUUUCAACUCUCAAGCUAAUGGUUCUGCUUCAGGUGCUUAUAGAAUUGUUACUGGUCUUGAAGAAGCCGUUCCAAUCAAUGAAACUUUUGCUAAAAGAUACCAUUCACCAAUUGCCGACACUUUCACUUUCGGAGAUUUCUUGCCAGAAACUGACCCAUUGCAAAGAUCUGGACAUUUUGCUACUUGGGAUGGCUUCAAACCAUGGGGUGACACUAGUGCUAUUGGUGAUAGAAUUGAUUUCCAAUUCGUUGGUAAACCAAACAAAGAAGCUUGGAAUAUUCCAAAGAAACAACACAAGAUUGAAAGAUACAGAACUGGUGAAACUUUUUGGGACUUGCAAUUCCAUAUGAGUGAUCAUAGACCUGUCAUCAGUGAUAUCACUUUA